CUCGUGGACUUGGCAAUCUGCGUCCUGCAGUGCUCGCUGCAUCCAGCUUUCCCGACCAGCGACUGCUCCUAUCCUUACCUUAUCCAAUCUGUUUCCUCCACCCGCUAAUCCUUGCUCUAUCUGCCCUGCUUUCGUACCCUGUUAGCCUGCCACCCACACCACACAUACCACCUUUAAGGCCUGUCUAUCCCUUCUACUCUCUUCCCCGUCCGUUCGCUCGUGCUUCUUCUCUUUUUUCGAGAUUUGGCGGUCCCAUACUACAUCGUGAACCGUGCCUUCCUCCGCCUCUCUUUAAGGCAUUGCAGUUCUACGAUAUCGUUUAGUCGUUUGUUACAGGCUUGUUUCCGAAGCCAGUAACAGUUCGGGAAUCCCGCUCCUUCAAUUGAGAACUGUUCGAUCUGUCAUGGCAAUUAUCGAGAGCACCAUUCUCGGUUGCCUGUGACGUUCAUGCAGUCAUUUUCUCAGGUUGUUUGACUGGUAUUCAAGACAACUUCGUUCGCUACGUUUUGAUCCUCAGAUAUCGAACAUCUCCGAACCAUGCCUUUUACUAGCCGGACUAUGGUCUUCUUAGGCCUCUUGGUCUUCGUGGCCAAUAUACACCUUGCUGCAGCCCUCGAUAUGGCUUAUUGCGCAAGUAUCAAUACAGCCUCUACAAAUGCUAACUCAAGUACAUUUCAAUCCGAUGGGCUCUGUUACGGCUUCUGUGUGGAUAGCUUUGCAUAUGCUGUUGUUCAAGACAAAGAUUGUUGGUGCACUAAUUACACACCCGACGAGUCGACCACAGAAGACACUAGCAAAUGUAGUUCGAGUUGUCCCGGGUACCCAUCCGAUACCUGCGGCGGCGACGGACUAUAUGGAUACAUGUCCUUAAGUAUACAGCCUUCGGGCACCAAGGGUAGCGGCAGCAGCACCAGCUCAACUUCCACUCAAGACCCAGCUACGGAGACCAUACACAAUACGGUCACUGUCACUCCUACAGCUUCUUCUCCUUCCUCUUCUUCAACAGUUCCCUCGACGACGACGACUGUUUCUGAUUCAUCAGGAAGUACCGCAACGACGGCUACGACCCCGACUGUAUCCGUCCAUACAGUUACCGCAGGCGGUACAGUCAGUCUUCAAACGGUUACUGUAGCUCCGACAUCGACGACUGGAGCUGGUACUUCAUUGGCUGGCGACUCGAGUGGAACGAACACCAGUCAGCAUGGGCUUUCGACAGGUGCGGCAGUUGGUGUUGCGAUUGGCGUGCUGGGUGUCGUGGCCAUUGCCAUAGCAGUUGGCGUUUUCUUAUGGCUCCGACGCAAGAGACGAGGACAAGGCGAUGCCCUCGCAGAUUCGCCCGGAAGCCAUCGGGGAAGCUCGGCGGGAAUGAUGAGCACGCCGACCACAGCGAUGGCCUCAGUAUGGGAUGGCGAUAAUACCUCGUCGGGUCGGAGGAAUAGUCGAUACAUGCCACACGAUCCUCGCAUGGACCCAUACGCCGCCAAUAUCUAUAGUCGGUUCGAAAACAAGAGUCACGAGAGUAUCAACACACUACAAGACAACCACGACUACUCUCGAAAAGUGCUUCGAACUACAAACCCAGACCCAGUUGAUCCAGAAUGAGGAGGGUGGGGUUUUACUCAGGACGGAUAGUAAAUCGUUUUUUUUAACAAAAAUACUUAAUGAUGCACACGAUUUUUUUCGGUCGGGUUCAACAUUGGUCCAGUCAUUUGCAUUGCAUUUUCGAGAUACCAGGCCGGCGUUUUUAGGAGAAUGAGACUCUAGGACAAAGUCG